ACGUCGGCGACGAGUUACAAAAAUCGCCGACUUUAAUAUAUUUAUGUAUCGUUUUAAGACCAUUCAUAGGCCGACACGUGGCUCAUUCGGUGGUGACUUGGGCCGGGCUUGGUCCUCAUCUAAUUUGACUCGUCACUUUGGGCUGCGAGUACUGGGCCCUUUUACGGCCCACAUUUAAAUUCCCAAAAUACCUCUCCACUUCCACGAUAUUAACUCCCUUUCUCGUCGCGGUCCCCGCGAAAAUUAAACCGACGAUCAGGGCCAUUUUCGUCAUUCCACCUCCCUUUUCCCAACGAACCCUUUCCCCUCUCUCCUCUUUUAAUUCGAAAUUUUUUUCGCACUCUUCGUUUCUCUCUCGAAAGAUCGAGCCAUGGGAGUGAAAAAUUUGUGGGAUAUUUUGGAAUCUUGCAAAAAAACCCUCCCACUUCACCAUCUCCAGAACAAGAGGUUGUGCGUGGAUCUCUCGUGUUGGUUGAUCCAAUUGCGGAACGCGAAUCGAUCCCCCGCGUGCGUGGUGAAGAAGCUCUACCUCAGGGGCUUGUUUCAUCGUCUUAGAGCCCUAAUCGCUUUGAACUGUAGCCUUGUUUUAGUUACUGAUGGAUCUAUCCCUUCGAUUAAAUUAUCUACUUAUAGGCGGCGUCUGGGUUCUGGUUCUGAGCUCAACCCGGAGGAGGCAAAUUCGCAAACAAUGACGCAAGCAGUGCCUUCGCUGCGCAGAAACAUGGGGUCGGAAUUCUCUUGUAUGAUUAAAGAAGCGAAAGUUCUUGGAAAGGCGCUCGGCAUCCCUUGCUUAGAUGGGAUAGAGGAAGCGGAAGCACAAUGUGCAUUGCUAAAUUCGGCAUCCUUUUGUGAUGGGUGCUUCACUUCAGAUUCAGAUAUUUUCCUUUUCGGAGCAAGGACAGUAUAUAGAGAUAUUAUUCUAGGAGAGGGUGGAUAUGUUAUUUGUUAUGAGAUGGUAGAUGUAGAGCGCAAACUUGGGUUUGGAAGGAACUCACUGAUAUCUCUGGCUGUUCUUCUUGGCGGUGACUAUUCUAACAGAGUUUAUGGCUUCGGGCCUGAAACUGCAUGCCGAAUUGUUAAAUCAAUAGGGGAUGAUGCUAUCUUACAACAAAUUAUGUCUGAGGGGUUGACAAUCGCUAGAAAGAACAAUGGAAAAAAGAAACCAGGAAAACUCGCAAACACUGAUGUGAAUAAAGAGAAUGAGAUAUGCCCGAAACAGAAUUUCUGUGAAACUGGAAAUAAACCGGUAUCUGAUGGUCAGUUUUUGGAAGUCAUCAAUGCAUAUCUGAAGCCUAAAUGUCAUUCGCCAGAUUCUGAGGCCGUGCAGAGAGUAUAUACCGAGCAUCCUUUUCUUCGAUUGGAGCUUCAACGGAUAUGUGAACAGUUCUUUGGUUGGAGCCCUGAAAAGACUGAUCAGUAUAUCCUUCCAAAGAUCGCUGAGAGAGAUCUUAGGCGUUUCGCUAAUCUCCGUUCCAGGUCAUCAGUCUUAGGAGUUAGGAUUCCUUUCAGUGAGAUUCCAGUUCCAUGCCCUGUGUCUGCUAUUGUGAAGCAGAGGAAGGUUCAGGGAAGAGAAUGCUAUGAGGUCUCAUGGCAACACGUAGAUGGGCUCGACAUUUCAACCAUCCCAGCUGAUUUGAUUGAAAGUGCCUGCCCUGAAAAGAUAACUGAGUUUAUAGAAAAGAAGGAUGAAGCAAAGAAGCAGACGAGGAAACCAAGGACAAGAAAACCAAAUAAAAAUGCAGUUGCUGAGGUUGACUUGCAGCUCAAAGGUCUAUUGCUCAGCAUCGAAUCGCAAAGCAAUGCACUUACUGAUAUAACAAACAGAUCCAAGCCAACUAUUGUAGAUACUGUAAAACCUAUUGUCAUUGAUCUCUCGAGCCCAUCACCACCUCUCCAUGCUUGUAAAGUUGCCAAGUGUCAGAAAACUACUGGCCAAAAUGUAGAUGUAAUUGAGGUGUAUGAAUCAGAGAGGGAGAGUGAGGUGUCUUCUGAACAUGCAAGGAAGGCGAGAGAACUGAGAUUGUUUAUAGACAGUAUUAGACAUGAUUUGCGCUAAACCAUGAUUGACUCUUUGGAAUUUCCGAUUAGAUUUGUAGCUCAUUUCUAUUGUAUGGAA